AUGAGGGAGAUCGUGCACAUCCAGGCCGGCCAGUGCGGCAACCAGAUCGGGGCCAAGUUCUGGGAGGUCAUCAGUGAUGAACAUGGGAUAGACCCCAGUGGCAAUUAUGUGGGUGACUCGGACCUGCAGCUGGAGCGCAUCAGUGUCUACUACAACGAGGCCUCUUCACACAAAUAUGUGCCUCGGGCCAUCCUGGUGGACCUCGAGCCUGGAACCAUGGACAGCGUCCGGUCUGGGGCCUUUGGGCACCUCUUCAGGCCUGACAACUUCAUCUUUGGUCAGAGUGGGGCUGGCAACAACUGGGCCAAGGGCCAUUACACGGAGGGUGCCGAGCUGGUGGACUCAGUCCUGGAUGUGGUGCGGAAGGAGUGCGAAAACUGCGACUGCCUGCAGGGCUUCCAGCUGACCCACUCCCUGGGUGGCGGCACAGGCUCAGGCAUGGGCACACUGCUCAUCAGCAAGGUCCGCGAGGAGUACCCCGACCGCAUCAUGAACACCUUCAGCGUGGUGCCCUCGCCCAAGGUGUCGGACACGGUGGUGGAGCCCUACAACGCCACACUGUCCAUCCACCAGCUGGUGGAGAACACGGACGAGACCUACUGCAUCGACAACGAGGCGCUGUAUGACAUCUGCUUCCGCACCCUCAAGCUGGCCACGCCCACCUACGGGGACCUCAACCACCUGGUAUCGGCCACCAUGAGCGGGGUCACCACCUCCCUGCGCUUCCCGGGCCAGCUCAAUGCCGACCUGCGCAAGCUGGCCGUGAACAUGGUGCCCUUCCCACGCCUGCACUUCUUCAUGCCCGGCUUUGCCCCGCUCACUGCCCGCGGCAGCCAGCAGUACCGGGCGCUGACCGUCCCCGAGCUCACCCAGCAGAUGUUCGAUGCCAAGAACAUGAUGGCGGCCUGUGACCCACGCCACGGCCGCUACCUGACCGUGGCCACCGUCUUCCGAGGGCGCAUGUCCAUGAAGGAGGUGGACGAGCAGAUGCUGGCCAUCCAGAGCAAGAACAGCAGCUACUUCGUGGAGUGGAUCCCCAACAAUGUGAAGGUGGCCGUGUGUGACAUCCCGCCUCGCGGGCUGAAGAUGUCCUCCACCUUCAUCGGCAACAGCACAGCCAUCCAGGAGCUGUUCAAGCGCAUCUCGGAGCAGUUCACAGCCAUGUUCCGGCGCAAGGCCUUCCUGCACUGGUACACGGGCGAGGGCAUGGACGAGAUGGAGUUCACCGAGGCCGAGAGCAACAUGAACGACCUGGUGUCUGAAUACCAGCAGUACCAGGACGCCACGGCCGAGGAGGAGGGCGAGAUGUACGAAGACGAUGAGGAGGAAUCCGAGGCCCAGGGCCCCAAGUGA